UGCAAUUUCAGAACUUAAAAGUAAUAAAUGAAGUCGUGUCAAACAAGCCUGAAGCAUAGGAAAUUAGGGUAGCAUGUGAUGCCCAGGACUCUGCUCCUUCCUAAUUUUUUUUUUUUGGUCUAUUUUUCCACAAUAACUGAUCACUAUAAAUUCAACCAAAACCUUAAUCCUCUCCACUUUCCAUCUUUCUUCUCUCCUAUUUAUACCUUCCGAAAGCGAAACAAGUAACUCACACAAUCAACCUUUGGUUUAAUUUCUCGAAUUCUCUCAAAUAUUCAUUCUCAAUAUAUGGCUUUUAACAAUGAUCUUUCCGUGAUCCUCCCUCGUGUUCUCAUCGUCUCUAGACGUAGCGUUCGAAAGAAUAAGUUUGUAGAUUUUGUUGGUGAAUAUCAUCUUGAUCUUAUAGUCAGCUAUGGUGCAGUUCCGGUGAUUGUGCCACGAGUGAAUGGGGUUCAUAUGUUAUUAGAUAGUUUCGAGCCAAUCCAUGGUGUUCUUCUUUGUGAAGGGGAAGACAUCGAUCCAUCUUUAUAUGAAGCUGAAACGUCUGGCCUUUCACCAGAAGAAUUGGAAGAAAUCAGGUGGUUGCAUGCAAGUGAUACGGCCAUUGAUAUAGAGAAAGAUUCAAUCGAGUUAAGGCUAGCAAAGCUUUGCCUGGAAAGGAACAUUCCUUAUCUGGGAAUUUGUAGGGGUUCACAGGUUUUGAAUGUUGCUUGUGGAGGUACCCUUUAUCAAGAUAUUGGGAAAGAAUUGUCAAGGAAGCUGCCAGAGAAUCAACGAGUAGUGCACAUGGAUUAUGAUAAUUAUGAUGGGCAUAGACAUUUUGUGGAAGUGAUGGAGAAUACCCCUUUGCAAUGCUGGUUUAAGGAUUCUUUGGAGGAAGGGAAAAUGGAGAUUUUGGUUAAUAGUUACCACCAUCAAGGUGUUAAGAGAUUGGCACAACGAUUUGUAGCAAUGGCUUUUGCACCUGAUGGUUUGAUUGAAGGGUUCUAUGAUCCAGAUGCUUAUAAUCCUGAAGAGGGUAAGUUCAUCAUGGGACUUCAAUUUCAUCCAGAGAGAAUGAGACGGCCUGAUUCUGAUGAGUUUGAUUAUCCAGGAUGCCCAUCUGCUUAUCAGGAAUUUGUCAAGGCAGUAAUUGCUUACCAGAAGAAACUUAAUAGCUCAACAUCUUUAGCAAAGCCUUUGAAGCUUAGUCAAGAAAUGGAAAAGAAAAGAAAAAUUAUAGUCCGAAGUUUCUCACUUGCAAAAAAUUUGUACACUGCAGGAGGUGGGAUGCAUCCUUCUAAAGAAUCUGAACUUCAAGCUGGAGAAGAAUUUCUUGAGUCAAACACAGCUCUUAGUGUGCAACAAGAGAAUAGGCUGAAGCAGAUGGGGGCAACAGUGAGAAAUGGGAGCCAUUACAUUGAAAAACUCAAGUUAAAUGAAGAAAGGGAAAAGUUAGCAAGAAAUGUGAUGGGGAAAAUGUCAGUUGAGCAAUUGUCUGAUCUGAUGUCAUUCUACCACAUGAUGGGGCAGAUAUGUUCAGAAGUUUUGGAAAGAAAACUACAUGGCACUGUAAAUGACAAUAACUAUUGACAGUUAUGAUCCUGGCUAGCAUGCUUUUUUUUUUUUUGUCAAUAAAAGGACAUGUUUGUUAGAGGCUCACUGGAUGCCUGGGGUUAUAUAUAUGGUUCCCUGUCUUUCCUUUGUUUUAUCUUUUUUCUUUCUUUUUGGCUUUGUUUGGAUCAUGGGAAAUAACAGGGAAAUAAGA